AUGAGAUUUCUGGAAGUCGUCUCAGAUCCGACUACUCACUUCCGCUCAAGAUAUCCGCACGACCUUUACGAUAUUUUCUACUCUACAGUAGUGCGACUGAUGUGCUUCCGAAGUAGCCCCUAUAAAGUCCUUUCGUCAGAAACGUCAGUCUCAACUGGUGACAUUCUCUACGAACUACUGGGUAACAACAUUGUCACAUCAACUUUCUUUCCUAGCACGAAGAAACCCUUAAUUCUUUCUAAAUGGAUAAAAGAUUAUGUUUCCGACCACCCCGAAAAGGGCUUUAGAGCCAGAACGUGUCUGGGGAGGUUUACUUGGUGCUGUUUUUGUAGGAACGGGACGUUUGAUAGGGCAGCGGAGACUGUGGCCUCGGAUGAUCACUUGCAGACCUUAGGCGAGACUGUUUAUUCGAGGCAAGGGUUGGCGGAACAUAUUUUUAAGUAUCAUAAUCAUAGGUUUGCGCAGACGUGGGAGUGGUGUCCUGUUCAUUGA